GAAGUACAACAAAACACUAGACAUGAGCUGACAUUGUCAGGAUAAACAAGUAAAACAAAAGUGAUAAAAAUAAAAGUGGGAGUUUUGCUGUAACAAAAAAAAACGAAAAUGAAAAAUUAAUAGGGGCUAUCUAGGCAGUGGGGUCCACUCCAAAGUGGGACACUCCCUAUAAAAAACUUUCUCCCAAAUUUGAAAGCCAACUUUGGAUGUGGCUUCAUUUGGAGUAAAAUAGCAAUCACUUAUACCACCACGUGUCAACAAUUUCAAUGAACAGUGCUUCCAAGGCACUAAGCAAUUAUUCUCUAUUAUAUUAUAUGGGUUUUUGAUAAUGUAAUGUAAUCUAGAAGUGAAGUGAAGUGAAGAUUGAAGAGAAGGUGGUGGAAGUGGAAGUGGAAUUAUUAUUAUUAUUAUUAUUAUUAUUCUCAAUCAAAUCAAAUCCAAUCCAAAUGGAAUCGAAUCGAAGUGAGCGAAGAAUAUGAAUGAUUGAAUCUUAUGUCUCAGAAGAAGAAUCCUAUUAUUCCCUCCCUACUAUUUCCUCCUCCGAUCGCUCAUAUUAUAUAUCUCCGCGAUUCUCCAGAUUUUUAUUUAUUUAAUACCAUUCCCUCUCUCCCUCCAACAACUCAAUCGUUGAUGCAGUGCUGCGUUGGAGGUCGUCUACUGUUAACAUAACAUAAGUACAUAACAUGGGCAACUCCAACAAUCACAACCAGGAGGAAGCUCAUCAAACCCAAACCAAUCAACCAAAUAAUAUCGGGCCACCUCCACUCUUGCGAGAUGGAAAGGAAAUACUUUUUCAGGCAUUCAACUGGGACUCUCACAAAUUCAAUUGGUGGCAAAUUUUACAAACCAAACUUCCUGACAUUGCUAAAUCUGGAAUCACUUCAGCAUGGUUGCCACCUCCAACUCAUUCCUUCUCCCCUCAAGGCUACACUCCUCAGAACCUUUACUCUCUUAAUACUAAAUAUGGUUCUGAGCAUCAAUUAAAAGCUUUACUUCAUAACAUGAGCCAACACAAAGUCAGACCAAUGGCUGAUAUUGUUAUCAAUCAUCGUGUUGGCACCGUCAAAGGACAUGGAGGGACAUAUAAUCGUUUUGAUGGAAUUCCAUUAUCCUGGGAUGAACGUGCUGUAACAUCAUCUUCUGGUGGACUGGGUAAUCCAAACACUGGGGCCAUUUUCAAAGGGUUCCCCAAUAUCGACCAUACUCAAGAUUUUGUCAGAAAGGAUAUCACAGCAUGGCUUCAGUGGCUACGCCAUAAAGUAGGCUUUCAGGAUUUUCGUUUUGAUUAUGCAAAAGGCUAUUCACCAAAAUAUGUGAAAGAAUAUAUUGAAGGAGCUAAACCAUUGUUCUCUGUUGGGGAGUAUUGGGAUACUUGCAACUACAAGGGUUCCAGUUUGGACUAUAACCAAGAUAGCCAUAGGCAACGAAUAAUUGAUUGGAUUGAUGACACUGGACAGCUUUCAACUGCAUUUGACUUCACAACAAAGGGAAUUCUCCAGGAAGCUGUCAAGAGAGAAUUUUGGCGUCUACGUGAUGCUGAAGGGAAGCCACCUGGUGUGAUAGGGUGGUGGCCUUCAAGAUCAGUUACAUUUGUAGACAAUCACGAUACUGGCUCAACUCAGGCUCAUUGGCCCUUCCCCUCUGAUCAUGUUAUGGAGGGGUAUGCAUAUAUAUUGACUCAUCCUGGGACACCAACAAUUUUCUAUGACCACUUUUAUGACUGGAGCAACUCAAUUCAUGAGCAGAUUGUGAAGUUGAUUGACACUCGCAAGCGUCAAGGUAUUCAUAGCAGAUCACCAAUUAGGAUCCUGGAGGCUAAGCACAACGUUUACUCUGCAAUCAUCGGAGAGAAGCUCUGCAUGAAGAUUGGAGAUGGUUCAUGGAGCCCAUCUGGGAGGGAAUGGACACUAUCGACCAGUGGCCAUAACUAUGCUGUAUGGCACAAGUAGUGUUCAUGUGGCUUGACCCUUCCUCUCCACUGGGUGUGUACUGAAAUGAAAUGGAAUUAAGUGUUUUUUAUAUGCUUUUAAUUAUAAUACAUGAUGAAACAGCAGCUCUAUUUUUUUUUCUUUUUCAUUUUCUUUUUUUGCCGCUAGUAGGCUUUUUCGAAGCCGACGUGUUAGUAACUUAUGUAUUAUCUACUUGCACAACUGCUUUUUUUGCAUCUGUAUUAGUUUAUUAAAUAAGGAUAUAGCUGCUUGUUUCUGUAAUGUAUAACAAUAAACUGUUCUAUGUAUACCUUUUUGCAGCAACUAUAUGGUGGCCAGUAACUCUAUGUCUGUCUAUAUGUAUAACAAUAAACUGUUCAAUGUAUACCUUUUUAGCAUUUAACAUAUAUGACACUUCGAGUGCA